UCAUAAUGGUUAUUCUCUCUGAACUCCUCUCAGAAGGAUCUUCAUCUUCUUCAUCAACUAGUGGUCAUAGUUCAUCAACUGAUGGUAUUAGAUAUGAUGUAUUUUUAAGUUUUAGAGAUGUUGACACUCGUCAAAGUUUCACUGAUCACCUUCAUCAGGCCCUCAUUGAUGCCAAUAUCAGUACCUUCUUGUAUGAUGAAGAGAUUGAAACAGGGGAAGAUCUUAAACCAGAAUUGGAGAGUGCAAUUAAGGCAUCUCGUGCUUCUAUUAUUGUGAUGUCUAAGAAUUACGCUUUUUCAACAUGGUGUCUCGAUGAAUUGGUGUUGAUCCUUGAGCAGCGUAUCACAUCCAACCAUAUUGUUAUUCCAAUAUUUUAUCAUGUGGAGCCCACAUAUGUCAGGAAGCAACAAAGUAGCUUUGGAGAUGCAAUGGCUAAGCAUAAAAAGACCAUGGAGGCAGAACAAAAUGCACAUAAAAAAAUUCAGUGGGCUCAAAAGAUGGACCAAUGGAAUAAAGCACUUAUAGAAGUAGCUAAUUUAAAAGGAAAGGACGUCAAUGGAAGGCUAGAGACAGAGUUUAUUCAAGAAAUUGUGAAGGACAUCCACCGUAGAUUACAUGUACCCAUAAGAAGUACUCAACCUUUAUUUAUUGGGAUGGACUAUCAUAUUAACUUUGUCACUUCAUGGUUGAAAGAUGGAUCCUCACAUAUGGUAGACGUACUUACUAUUUCGGGUAUGGGUGGGAUCGGGAAGACAUACUUAGCCAAACAUAUCUAUGGUCUAUAUUCUCAUGAAUUCCACAAAAGCAGCUAUAUUGAAGAUAUUAGUAAGGUUUGUGAUGGAAAGUUUAAUGGGUUGCUUGAUUUACAAGAACAACUAUGCAAUGACAUUUCAAAAACAAGUUCAAUUAAAGUUCAUGUCGCUUCAGUAUACACCUCAAAGAUAGAAAGUGUCGUAGCCCGUAAAAGGGUGUUUCUUGUUCUUGAUGAUAUUAGUACGCGUGAUCAGUUGGAUGCAUUACUUGGGAGCAAAGGUUUUCAUCCCGGAAGCAAAAUCAUUAUUACCACAAAGGACAAGCGUUUGACAAAGAGUUGUGCACUAUUCAAAACAAACAUCGAACCCAAACAUAAAAAGCUCUUGUUUCAAGGCUUAAAUGAGACCGAAUCAUGGCAACUUUUAUGUCUCCAUGCAUUCAAAUGCAAUUAUCCCAAGAAAGGUUACAAGGAGGUGUCAUAUAAUCUUGUGAAGUAUUGUCAAGGACAUCCAUUGGCUCUUGAAGUAUUGGGAAAAUCUCUAUAUGAUCGAGAUGUAACUUAUUGGGAAGGGUGCAUAGAAGGGUUAAAGAAAGAAACAGAUUCUCAUGUAAAUAAUGUCUUGAGAAUGAGUUUUAACUCUUUGCCAUCCAAAAAUGAUAAGGACUUGUUUAAGUAUAUUGCUUGUUUUUUUGUUGGAAUAGAUAAAGAUGUUGCUGAAACAAUAUUAAAGGCAUGUAAUAUAAACAUACGAUCUGGAAUACCUAAUCUCCUCGACCGAUUCCUUUUGAGUAUCGGAGGGAAAAACGAAUUAAAGAUGCACCAGUUGGUUCAAGAGAUGGGAAGAUUCGAAGUACGUCAAGAAUCACCUGAAAAGCCAUGGAAGCGAAGUCUAUUAUGGUGUCAUGAGGAGUCAUUCAGAGUAUUAAAACAAAAAAAGGGUAAAGAAAAUAUUCUAGGCCUUGCCCUUGACAUGUGCAUGAUUGAGAAAGAGAAGUUGAAUGCAUCUUAUGAGCUGAAAACAGAUAGAUUAAUUGUUAUAGUAAUCCACAACGACUCGAGAAGAGGCAAAAGUUGGAUGGAUUAUGCUUAA